AUGGCGCCAAUCAUCAUAAAAGUCAAGUUGUGUCCUAUACAUCAUCCCGGGGACCACGACAACUGGAUUGUCGACAUCAAUCAUGGCCCUAGGUGCAGAAGCUUAGAUGUGAGUUUCCCUAUUCCCGACUCUGCUUCUGUACUAACGUGCUCAGGACGUAAGGGUUUACAUUAUGUAUGCCUUCGCGAGAGAACGGACUGGCAGCGAAGACUUCCCACCGGAACUCCUCGACUUUGAUCCGGCACGACAAAGAAUGAAUUUGCAUAGCCGUUCGGGUGGCUGUGGCAGCACGCUGAGUCUCGAGGUGAUCAUGCUGAACCAUAUAUGCACCGAUUUGUAUGACCCGGACGCCAGGGAAGACAGGCUCAGGGUGAUUUACAUUCACAUUGAUGACUUGCCAGGGACGAAUAGGGGUACUCCAAAGGGUGCGGGUGGGGAGAAGAGGAGUGGAAGAUCGCAACGAGAACAGCCGCAACGACGGGGCGGAAGGGACGAAGACCGAAGCGGAGCUAGCCAGAAUGACAACGGCGACGACGAUGUGCCAGAUCCUACGCACGCCGCAGGUGGAGGACCACUACCGGAGCAAACUGACAGUGAAGACGAUGAGGACGAUGAGCCUGUCUCACCACUCAAGCGCGGAGAGAAGUUCCCCGAGGACAAUGACAGCCGUACGUUCGUUCGAGUCGGCCGACUUCCACCAGAGGACGAUGUUCACCAUGACCCUGCGCACGACCCAAGCGAUCCCGAGUACUCCCCGCGGAUCUCGAUGAACGUCGUGGUUGUGGCGGUGAGAUCCAAGGGAGACAAGAUGUCCUACUUGGCCGUGGAGAGUUGGAACAUAAACUCUCGUCAGGUCGGAGACUACGCUUCGGCGGAUGAGUAUGCCAGGUCCCGUGAUAUCCCGGGACUGGUGAUAGACCCGUUCUGGAGGAAAUAUGAGAGAAAGCUCUCCCUGUCGCAAAAGGUGGUUAAAUGGAUGGACGAAGGCGCGGAGCCUCCGCCAGUGGACGAUCCCGAAAUUUCUGGCGGUCCACUGUCAGCUCCGACGAAUGCUGUUGGCUCAGGAGGUCCUCGAAAUGGCGGAGGAAGUCGAGGACCACCACAGAAGACAAAAUCGAAACUGAGCAAAGGCAGUCCCCAGCAGAGAUCACACGAGAGCCCGAUCAGGGGGCCAAUCAGGCCAAUUCAUAACGACGAGACCCCUGGACAAUUCUUCCAAACGGAUCAUAAUCUCAGAAACAAACACGCCGGGGGGAUAUCUGCAGUGAUCUGCUUCCGAAACACAGUGGCGGACGUCGAUCUCGGACUGGCGACGAAUGUGCAGGCGGGGCUGAACUGGCGAGAGAGCUAUGCGAGCUUCCGAAGGUUCAUCAAGAGGGAGCCGUUUCCCGAAACGACGCGGUCUUCCCUAUGGCAGAGACUCCGGCAUAAGACAUUCGAUUGGUGGACCGACUUUGAGAUCUGGGUCUUACCUCAACGCCGUCGUGACGAAGGGCAACCACCUCCGCGGGAAAUGUUACGGUGGCGUCCUGGAGUCGGAAUUCGAGAGUUUCUUGAUGCUGAGGGGGUUGAAACUUAUGGAAGACAGCUGUACAUUGAAGUUCGGCUGGUUGAAGAUGGGUACGCGGAAGACAAGGACAAGGUCUGGGUGGGCAAAACGUACAGCUAUGGCGGCGAACGUACUGUCGCUUAUGGAUUCCGAAGGACCGUCAAAGCGUCUUUUUCGCUUCUAGAUGAUAGCGAUGAUGACAAGACCGCAACACAACAGACUGUCCCUGGACAAGCCGGAGCAGGUCAAAGCACUUCACGUACCAAAUCUAAACAGGGAGGCACGGCGUCGAAAGCAACACAGCAGAGGCCUCCUCCUAGUGGCCCAUCACGACAGCAGGCGGGGCGGAAGAGAACGAGGCAGAGCGAUGCACCGCAAGAUGCAGCGAGUAAAAGGCCUCGAAAGGGGGCUACACGGCAGACCGCAGUGACAACUACAAGCCGCCAGCAAGCGAACAUACCGAAACGGAAACCACAAAAGGUCCUACGAACCAAGCAGCGAUAA